UCUUAACAUGUGCACUUGUGUGUGCUGGAUCUUUCUCCCUCUCAACACUACCAAAUUUUUGUGUCCACAAAAUCAUCCCACAUCUAAAUGAGAAAUCUCCAACAAUUUGAUUGAAGAAGAAUCUUAGGGCUUUUUACCAUUGCUGGUUCUUCCUUUCAUCAUCAGGUAUUUCUACAUAUAUUUCUCUUCCUUUUUCUUAUCAAUGGUUCUUCUACCAGGUUGAUGCAGGUUUUGAUGGUUAUAAUAGCCAUUGGGCUAUGAUCAAUAAUCCUAGUGAGAGAAGGUUCUGAAACAAGAGAUUGGAUUAGUACCUUUUUGGUGGUCUUUUAAUGGCAAAGAAGAAGAGUUGGUUAGACCAACUGAAGAAGUUUUUUGGGUCCGACUCAAAAGCGAAACAAGAAAAGAAGGGGAGGAGAAUAAGAUGGCUUUUCGGAAGGCUCAUGUCCAAGAACUCUCCUCCUCUUCCACCCCCACCUCUAGAGAAGGAAAGUGAAAUAAGGAAAGCUGAAGAAGAGCAAAGCAAGCACGCAUUGGCUGUUGCUGUCGCGACAGCAGCAGCUGCUGAAGCAGCUGUCGCUGCCGCUCAGGCGGCUGCUCAGGUUGUCCGACUCACAGGUGAUCGGUCAUCUUACAAUUGGAGUCGAGAAAUCGCAGCCAUCAAAAUUCAGUCUGCCUUCCGUGGAUUUCUCGCAAGGAAAGCUUUGCGAGCAUUGAAGGGCUUGGUUAAACUCCAAGCUCUGGUUCGCGGACAAGCAGUGAGGCGCAAGACAACCAUAGCUUUAGAAGGUUUGGAGUCUCUUAUGAGGAUUCAAACGCAUGCCUGUGCCAGUAGAGCCAACCCUGGCCACAAUUUUCCUGUCUAUAAAAGUCGAGACAGCAACCAGAGGAAAAUGAAGGAAUCAGCUGAUAUUGAAGAAGGUAAGGAGAGAAGCUGGGAUGGAAGCAUCUUAUCUAAAGAAGAGAUAAAUUCCAUACUGCGAAAGAGGGAAUUGGCUGCACUAAAGCGAGAGCGGGCAUUGGAAUAUGCAUCUUCUUAUCAAGAGAGAAGAAAUGCACGAAGGCAACUGGUGCCCAGAGAAGAGCUCAAUGAUCUGAACCAUAGAUGGAUGUGGCUUGAGCAAUGGGUCGGUUCACAACCAUUAGAUACAGAAAAUUAUGAGAUCCAUCAACAACCAUCAAUCGCAGAUGACACCCUCGAUCCUAAUAUUCAUGCUUCAGAUUUGGUCAACUAUUUACACUCCUCACACAGAGAGAAAAUGGAAGAAAUCCAACUCAGAUACUUGGCUAGAAAAUCCUUUAAUAGUUCAAGGAGGACUUCGUUAAGGGAUGAUGAUUCCUUUUCAAGCUCCCCUUCUUUCCCAAACUACAUGGCAUCAACAGCAUCAACUAAGGCAAGGUUUAGAUCGAUGAGCACACCAAAACAGCGGUUUGUGACUGCAGAUAUUUUUUCUGAUCACUGUUACCCAUAUACAGAUAGGGUACAGUCACCAAUUCCUUCAAUUGUUAGUGAUGCCAGCCUCAUUAAAGCGACAAAGUCUCCUUUGUUUCUUCAGGGAUCCCCUCGCUUAAAAGGUCAGGCAGGACCUGUUAAAUCGCGCAGAUCUUCCGGUUAUCUCAGCUUUGACUCUGAGUGCUCAUUGCUUAAUUUGGAUCAGCAUAAUGGUUUUAGGUGAACUCAUCUGAGUGCAUUGUAUAAAAGCGAGUGCAGGUUUGUGGUGUUCUUUGUCUGUUGUUGUGGAUCCAAUUAAGCCAUUUCUCAAAAUUUUGUAUGUGCCUGUGUGUUUUCUGUUGAUGUGAACUUUAAACUGCUUGCGACUUGUGUACAAAAGCAUCAGAUGACACUCAAGUAUAUAUGUUUCAAAUAAAACCACCAUUAAAUUACUCUUUUCCUCCGUUGUCUCCUUUGAUGCUCAUGUAGUUGAUCUGUAUAAAAAGAAUGAUGGCCUGUUGGCAAAUCAUUGGGCAAAUAUUCUGUCUUA